AUGGCCAGCUACCUCGCUAGCAAGGUGACCAAGCGCUUCGUUUCGGGCCAAGCCAAGAAGUACGAGCCCGAGGACCCACUAUACGAGUUCUACACAGCGUCCAAUGGCAAGCAAAAGCGUCGCAAGCGCGCGCUCCCACCGGGUCUUACACGCAAGCAGGCCAAGCUUCUAAAAAAGAUCAAGAAACGUGCACACUAUCUAGACAAGGGCUUCCAUGUUUGUGGUCUGCGUUUCGGAUGGACUUUCUUCAUCGGUAUCGUGCCCGGUCUUGGUGACAUUGUUAACGCAGUGCUCAACCACACGCUCGUGGUCAAUCCAGUCAAGAAGGAGUUCGAUGACCGACCCGACUGGCUGAUCCGACAGAUGAUGUUCAACAAUGCUGUGGCGACGGGAAUCGGCUUCGUGCCGCUUGCGGGUGAUGUGAUUAUGGCAGCGUGGAAGACAAAUUCGAGAAACGCGAGAUUGCUCGAGGAAUUACUCAGGGUAAAGGGCGAGGAGAACAUGGCCAACGGUCUGCCCGACCUGACGCCUCGCUCGCCUCAUGACUCUCAGGCUUUGCAGAAUGCCGCGCAGGGAUACGUGCAGCAAUCCACAGGCGCGGCUGCAUCCGCGACUUCGGCUGGAGCAAACAGCUCUGUCACCAACUCGACGUCGAACCUUGUUCAGGGCAACAUUCAUAAAGCCACAACGCAAGGUGUUGGCCAGGUGCACCAGCAGCCAAUGCACGACACUUCGGCCGUGCCAGCGUCCGGCGCUGCUACCAAGAAGAAAUGGUAUUCUCGCUAA